AGACGCGGCCACACAGCAUCCUGAGCCUUCUGACACGCCUGGUGGGAAGAUGUCAACAUUGCCAAGAAGAGCCAAAGUAAAGGUUCAGACUGUGGAAUCCAAAGAUGAAUUUUCUUCCUUCUCUGAGUUAUCAUCUGCUUCUGAAGAAGAUGAUAAGGAAGAUAGAGCCUGGGAGCCACAAAAGAAGGUUCCCAGAAGCCGUAAGCAGCCUGUUCCCAAGGAAUCCAAACCAAAGAAGGUGCCAAGGGUGAAAAAGAAGACCCUGCGGAUUGGUGAUGACUCAGAAGGCGUGAGCGUUAAGGAGGAACUAGUAGGUGCUUUAGCUGGAUAGAGGGAACACUGUAGU